GUUGUUAAGGGCGGCCCGGAACCCUCUAAUAAGUCACAGCAACGAACAGCAAACCAUCAAAGACGGUGAUGGAACUGCUCCCACAGGCUCUACUAUUGCCGUUGCUUUGUAUCGCUGACCUGAACCAAGUACAGGGCGCAGGGCUGCCAUGUUCUGAAAGAGAUUCUAGACAGGGUCGAGAAAACUGGCCGCGACGGCAAGCCACCGGGCAAAGGCAACGACCCGAUCGAGAUCAUGCUCGCUGAAGAUAUAUCUGAAGUCGGAGCUGCCCUCGGCGCCGCAGUAAUUGAAACUCAAGCGUGGCCAGGCUUCCGCGCAGUUGAAGUGGAAAAGCGAGGAUACCGCAGGCAGAAAGUGCUUCGAUGGGGAGGAGUAUACAAUAGACGCACUCCCAGCGCGUCAAGGUGUGUGCGUCCAUCUACUUCGCCGAGACCAGGGACAGUCACCAUGACAGGGUCGCCAACAUGGUAGAGCUUGGGAAGGCAUCAACAGCUAUG